UUUAAAUGCAAAAGAAGCUAAUUUCUCCCUUGGGUCUGUGCAAACCUAUUUCAUUUAUUCUGCUCCAAAGAUAACAUGAAUUUCAGUACUAGUAAAGAUGAUAGAAUAUUUGUAAGUAUUUAAUUCAUCUCUUCCUUCACUUCAUUUUAAAGGUAUUUGUUAUGCUCUCACUAGCCCUAGCCAGCUGGGUGCCAUCAGAGAUAAGGACAGCCUACAGCAGUCCCAGAACUUACCAUCUUAGAAACUUAUUUAUCUUUGCUCUUGUGUUGGGGUUUAACUUUACUUCGUGUUUAACCUGGCAAUGCAAGUGACACCAGAUAGGGCAGAUGCUGAGAAGCAGGCACGCUGAUGCAUCGUGGUUUUGUUGCUGGCAGAUGUGAGCAGCGCUCUAGGCUCUAAAUGCGGCUGUGUCUUCCUUACAAAUUGCAGCUCAGCUGUUCUGGGCACAUGCCUGGUGCUGCUGCCAACCAGAUGUUGGCACUGGGAUAUUUUCUGGAUAAGGCAGGCUCAUAUCAAGACUUGUAAAUUAACUAAGUCAUGUUUUCUAAGUCAUGUUCCAUUAGACUUUUAAUUUCUUUUUUAUUUUUAACUUCUGUCGCUGCCAUUUUUGAUGUAAUACAACUGAGCGUAUCUGUGGAACGAUUUUGUGUGGCCUGCUACUUCUGCAUUUGAAAGGUCUUCAGUCAAUAAGGGAAUAAGGCUGAUGUGUUUUGCCUUCCCCGUCUCUACCAGGCAGUCUAAGUGAUUCUGGGCUGGAGCCAGGAAUCAGUGCAGUUGUCUGUGUUUCAGAUUACAUUUUGAACAAUUGGAUGGAGAUGAGUUUCAUCAAGACAGACAUUAACUUGAUGACGUACCAUAGCUCACCUCAUACAACCCAUGCUCGUCAUCUUCCUCAAGCAAAUGCAUGACAAAGAAAUGUAGGAGUAGUGCUCAGUAUCAGUGUGAUCUAUGUACAAGCAUAGCCUCUUAGGCUUGGGCAAAAUUACUCCGCGUGUAUGGAAAGGAAUAUCGACAGCCUUAGGAAGUGAGAAGUCUCAUCUUCACUGAAUGCUCCCAAACAGAAGAUUGCGGAAGUGAUAAAUCAUGAAGGGAGUGCUGCUACUGUUGGAAAGCAGCAAUCUGUGUCUUAGCAGAAGGGAUGCCUGUCUGUCGUGAGGAAAGGCAGCCGGUGGAAGUUCUGGGAAGAAACACUGUGAUUUCAGGAGGCACAACUGGGCCCUGAAGCAGAGACAACUAUGACUGCAGAGCCCUGAAGAGCAUAGAGAAACACUGGGCUGCGUUUGCAUUUCGCGUCAUUGCCACCACAUGAGGGAAGAGGAAGUUGGGCUGCAGCUCUGAUGUGCUUUCAUUUGUUGUCUAGUUCAUCUUCAGCAAAGACACCCUGAUGUGCACGCCAGAAUAACUGUGUGAUGGUUGCCACUUCACUGAGAAUCCUGUUGGCAACGUGUGUUGGCUGCUUAGUAGCUACAGAUCCCAGCAAUGUAGUAGUCACCCAAACACCAACAGAAAUGCACCUAUCUAUUGGAGACUCCACAGAAAUAGCCUGCACUUGGGAAAAGUCGAUUAAGAGAUAUAGAAUCAGCUGGUAUCUUGUUAAUAAGGAGAACAUCACCAGAACUGUAUCAUCAAAACUUGUACGCAAUGCCACCCGUGAAUUCAAGGAUGUCCUGGUGAUUGAAGCUGCCAGUGCAAAUGACACUGGGCUUUACUACUGUGAGAUAAUUAUUGAAAUACCUUUCUAUAAAAAAGCAUAUGGAAAUGGAACAAUGCUGGUUGUUGAAGAGCGAGAAGCUCAGUCAUUGGAGAGGAAUGCGCCAUUAGUUUGGGUCAUCAUUCCCAUCAUUACGUGCUUAGCAGCAGUGGGAAGUUUAUAUUUUUGCUACAAAAAGAAACAGAAGUUGACAAUUUCUGGUUCUGCCCAGCUUCCUGCACCACAAGAAGGGCAUCAGGAGGAGCAGGCACUUGAGGUGGCAGAAAUUUAUGGAAGAACUGAGUCCACCAGAGAAGAAGCUGGUUGGGCUGUCUCUACGCUUUAUAACUCACUGGAUUCUUUUUACGACGCAUCAAACCGAAAGAUGAUGAAUCCACCGUCACUACUGGACCCAGUGCAGCAGAUAAGCACAUCCCAUGGUCCAGGGCAGAUGCAAAGUCCAGAACAAGGGUGUGCUGAGAAGCUUCCAUCCACUUUUGAUAAUCAGAACUCAAGGAUCAUGUAAUAACUGUUAUAUGGCUAAACAAGUUAUGGAACUGAAAACAGUAUGGUAACGUGCUGCUGAACUAUCCAUUACGUGCAUUUCCUGUGAGAAACGUGUCAGAAGAAAGGUUGGUUCAGGGCUGUUUUUUGAAUGUUUUGUCACUGACCUUAUUGUAAGAGCAAUUUUAGAAAGCUGUCUUCAUCUCAGCUGUUUUAAGAUGGUCUGAAUGAUCCCUGUGGUCCUUGUCAACCCAGGAUAUUCUAUGAUUCUAACUCCUCCCCCAUAUCCAGAGUGUGGAAAUAAUAUAGGAUGCAUUCUAUUUUGAAAGAUCUUCUGGACUGAACAACUUUCUGAACAGCAAAAGCAUUUCUUCAGGUAGCCCCUCUGUACAUCAGUUUUUCAUGAUGAGAGAGCUGGGGCUGUUCAGCUUGGAUAAGAGAAGAGAGACCUGAGAGUGGCCUUUCAGUAUUUAAAGGGGGGCUGUAAGAAAGAAGGGGAGAGAUUCUUUAGCAGAGUCUGCUGUGACAGAAUGAGGGGAAAUGGUUUCAGACUAAAAGAGAGGAGAUUGCCAUUGGAUAUAAAGAAGGUUAUUUUUUACCAUGAGGGUGGUGAGACACUGGCACGUGUUGCCCAGAGAGCUGGUGGAUGCCCCAACCUUGGAGACAUUCAAGAUCAGGCUGGCACCUGGUCAACCUAUAGAGGUAUCCCUGUUGAAUGCAGCAGAGCUGGGCUAGAUGUCCUUUAAGGCUGUUUUCCAACCCAGUUGAUUCUGUGAAACAGCAGAAAGUAAAGGCAAAUGCAUGUCAUGGCAAUCAUUUGGCCAAGCAGACAGUAGUGCAUACAGGAUGACGUCUGCUCUCUGAAAAGGUCGUCUGUGCUGUCAAUGCCAUAGAAUGAGUGGUGGUGCGCCAGGAGGUGUUGUGUUCCUGUGGAAAGGGGCAAGAAGUUAAUUCACAGAGCUACAGAAAGUCUGUCAGAGAACGCAGUCUGCUGUGUGCAAAGAAAUACUGGGUUUAAAUGAAGCUGUAUGUAAUAUAAUUAGGUGUAUUUAUUGCCAGGUGUCUGCUAUGCUAGACACAGAGCAGCUUCCCAAAGCCCUUCUAAACAGCUGGCGCCAUCUCAGCAUGUGACUGCUGGCUGUUCAGCAUCCUGCAGUGAACUCCUUGCUUUACAGCACACCUCGUGCUCUGGCUCUGCUCGUGCUGUGGUGGCUGCAGCUCAUGGAGCACCCUCCCAAAGUGCUGCAGUAUAUUGUGGAUGCGUGUCCUGUUCCUGGGCUGUUCUGCAACCUGCCCUGGGGCAUUCUGCAGCAUGCUGCUGCCUGAAAUACACUGUUAUGGCUGAACUGUGAGCACACCCUGCAGGAGAGAAAUUAUUUCUUACUCUACCAUUUAUGUAGAGGAUUUUCUUCUCCUACUUUUGAACUUUGGUCACUUUACAAUCUUGGUCUUUUUGGUCCUUAAGCUUGUUAUUACAGAUACUUCUGCUGUGUGGUGGAGCACUGUGCUGUGCCGUAUUCCUUUGGGGCUCACAGACAUGACUGUCCUUGAUUUCUGCAAACCCUGCAGCUUUUUUUCCCUAUACCACAGAGUCAGAAGCAGUAACAGGAGAGGUGACCUUCAAAGCAGGUCAAGGAAGCUCUCAGUUAUGCCUCACAGAUGUACGUGGGUGUGGUAAUGUUGGCCAUUUUAUGUGUUACUGGUCACUUCUAUAGAUAAGUUCUGUGAAGAGAUGUGUGCAAUAUUCAGAUAAUGAGUAAAACCACUAAACAAAGAUUGCCACCUGGCCACAGUUUCAUAGUCUGUAAAUCAUAUUUUCAUUACAGCACCAGUAACAAAUUGUUGAUUAAAUGUUGUUUCUAGUAGCAGAGUUCCUUAUUAAUGACAGCUGCUCAUAUUUUGAAUGCUGACAUGGUUGUAUCCAACAUCUGGCACAUGGGGAGACGGAUCUCCACUUCAUCAAGUCUUAUUCUUGUCUGACAGCAGCCGUGAACUGCAGCUGCCCUCCCCAUUUCUAUCCCACUGGUGGCACUGGCUUGGAGCUGGUGCACUUCAGCCUGUUUCCUUUCACCUGGUACUGCAGACCUCAGCCUGCUCCAUUGCACAGAGAUCCUGUGGAGCUCAGCUUCAUUCAGCUACCUGGCAUUUGGGCAGCUACUCUUGGCAGUUUGGCUGCUGGAUGCUGCAGUCUGCCUUGAACCUCACUCCUAGGAAGAGGAGCCUGGAGCUGCACCCCUGGCUCUAUAGCAUCAGGCAUCCCUGGCAGCAGACAGGAGGAGGAGCCCCCAGCCCAUUGGCCCAAUAGUCAUGUUUCUGUGUGUGAUGCUUGACCUGAGAUAAGGUGUUUUUGCUUGUUGCUCUAUUGAAAACUACCAUCUUCAAGUAGAUCUUCUCUUUAAGGAAACCUGAACCACCUGAGAAGGAACUGACGCACAUAUGUGGGGCGCAUGUUUCCACUCACCUAAGGGAGAUGUGUUGCUUUUAUUCUGUCUCACAGACUGGGCCUUCCUACCUCAGUGCAGUUUUGUGCACUGCAUCGAUUGCAGUCAGACUCCAAACCAAUGCAUAUCACCACAUCCUUUGUAAACAACUGCAGAAACAAAGCAGAAUAGAUCUAUGAUGGUCAGAAUUUAUUUCUGAUGUUAUAAUUGUCUUGGGGAAGGUACAAUGAAGGCUGUUUGGUUUGCUGGUGUUUUUAUUUAAUUAAUGCCAUCUUAUACCACUCUUGUAGUAGCUUUUUAAGCUCCUUUUUAAAAUGCAAACUUCAAUAUUAACAUCUAGCCCUAUACUGAGCUGCUAUUGAGCAAGAAAGGAAAUGGAAAAAAGCAGCUGAUGUGUUGUUGAGGCUGUGGGGGGAGGCUGAUAGCCGCUGGUCAGAAAGACCAAGAGCUGCUUUCUCACCCUUCCUGUCCACGGUGCUGUGACAGAGCUAUGGGGCUGGUAAGCAUCCUGUAUUAUUUCUGCUCUGAAACCACAUACGUAAUAUUUUACAAGGGGACGAGUACGCUGAGCAUGUUGGCAUUGCAUUUUGGUCAUUUGCUGGGGGUCAUCCUCAUGACCGCUGCUUGAAAUGACCCCCUUGGGAGGUUUUCUGUUGUUCUUUCUGACCAUAACGUGGGACUUUCCCCCAUGCUGACCACAGCUCAGCAGGGUGUGCCUGCAGAAUUAUAUAAGGAUGAAGGCAGUGCAAGUGACAAGUGGACUGCCUGUGUGAGAGUGACCAAAGCACCAUGGUUGUUGGAAAUACAAUAGUGAAAAACUUCUUCCUGUUGCUACAAUAAAAAACAAAAGAGCUCUGGAAGACUCAAUAUCAUGAAACUUCAGCACUGAAGUGUAUAAAUCCCAUGCAGAGUAGCAUGCAGGAAAUGAUUCAAUCAGGGGCUGAAAACUAGACAGAAGUAUUUACACUGUAAAUAUUGAUUUACUGUUAGUCGGCUUUGGUAUGCUUGACUUUACCUGUCUUUAAACUUUAAUUAUUUAUUGCAUGCACUUAUUAAUUGGAUGCGUGAAAUCAAUUUUAAGGGUAUUUUGAGAAAUAAAUGAUAAAAUAAUGAUCUAUGCAGAUUUCAACCCUGAAAAAUUGCCAGAACCCCCUCAGUAGCUGCAGCAUUUAAUCCCCAGACGUACAUGUGUGAGCUGUGGGAGUGAGAUAACCUUUAAAACCAUUACCCAGAUGCAGAGCAUGUUUUCAGAAUUGGUGCAAUGGAAAGCCUUGCUCUUCAGUAACUGAAGUGUGAUGGUGCUCUGAAUUCAAUAGAAGAACGGGAUGCUGGAGGAAAUGAGGGUUUUGAUAAUUGCGUCUCAGCAUGGAACAUGCACUGCUUGUUUUUCCAUAAAAGGCAAAUAGAAAAGGGAGUGUCAUCAAUAGUAAUUGAAAAGGGAAGGGCUGUUCAGUGCUGCUGUGAGAAAAACACUGAAUUCAUCACUUCAAAUUGUGUUUUCUCCCGUGCUUCCUACGUUCAGGUACUUAACAACUAGUGAAACCUGUCAGAAAGCUGUUCUGCAAACCUUCUGGGGUAAACGUUCGGGGAUGAGAAGCUCUAAGAGAAGUUUAACCUUUCAGCUCUCCUGGCAGUGAUGGUGACAUAAAUGGCUCGUUAGAGCUGAUGAAUGUAUUUAGUCAGACUUUUCCAAAGCAGAAGCUGCUGCAAAGAGCACAGGGUGAAAUUUAUUCUCUGAGAGAAAAUCAGGGCAAGGUCGUGUAGAUCACGUUUAAGCCUGAGCGCCUGGCCAAGUGCCACGGAACUUCAGCAUCUGAAUGGUUUCUGGAAACAACGUGACUCUGCACAUCAGCAUCAUGUUAAUAAAUUAUACUUCUGGCCCAAGUCAGGGCAGCAGGACCUAAUUCUGUAUAAAUUAUCUGUAAUGCCUCAUCCAAGCCGUUGUCUACAACAUUCCUCGAAGAAAGAAACUGCAAGGAAGUAACUGAUGGUUUGCAUGGAGACUGAUGUAAAGUUUAACCCAUCGCCAACUCCCAGCUCACGUUCCUGAGAGCUGGAGUGGUGGGUUGGCAUCAAAGCAUUUCUUGCUCUCCUGUAUGGCCUCCUAUCUGUACUCUGCUUUGUUUUGCAAACAGUCAGGGAUGGUCUGUUCUGUGCCUUGUGCACCAAGCUGCUAUUUUUAAAGAAAAGCAAUUUAGAAGAAAAUAUUUAAGCAAUACGAAGCACGUGAAUUGAAAGUCUGAGCAGUUCUGGGGUGUGUGUAUGCACUUGAAUACAAAUACAUAACAUUAAAAUAAAAUAAAAAUAGAAAGCAGACGUUGCCACCAAAAUGACCUUUCCAUUACUAGACAUUCAAAUCCUGUGGUCUAUUUUGUGCUUUAGCAUUUUUGAGGCACCUUCUGAAAACCUCACGUCACCUUUGUUUGCACAGAAGAGCAGGUCAGGGAUGAGGCUGCCUUUUCUGCCGAGUUCCAUGGCAAAGGUGUGGUUGCAAUGAAGCUUCCUGUUGGCUGAAGCUAAUGAUGUCCCCCCUCUGUCUUUUGGGGGCACUUUUUUCUCUUCCUCUAUGGUCACUAAUGUUGAUGAACAUGAUCCAAAGCCCAGAGAAAGUGUCAAGUAGACACUUCAUUUUGUUCAGGUUUCCUCGAGUGGGAGGAACUGGUUUCUCUUUAAUAGCCAUGUUUUAUGUUCUUGCUUUGGUUAUGUGUUAGAAAAGGACAAGAACACUACUGAAACAUUUUGAAGCACAUCUCUUGAAUAAAGCUGAUAGAAACAUAGAACUGAUUCUCAUAUUGAGAAAACCUUUGAAAUGGAUUGGUUUUUGUCUUCAAAAUUCAUUGACUUAUUCCUGGGUUUAUAAUCUUGUAUGAUGUCACAGGUAGCCAUGUCGCCAGUAAAAGAUCUUGACUGAAGAUGGGGAAUCAACAUAUUUCUACAAUUAAUUUUCCUUUAUUUACAUACUCAGUGUGUACAUCAAAAUGAUGCAUAACCAUGAAUAAUGGAUGAGAUUUAACAAGAACAAGUGUAGAGUCUUGAAGGGUCUCCUAGAAGGAUUCUGACAGAGGGUCACAAAGAUGAAUAAGGGCCGGCAGCAUCUCCUGUGUGAGGAAAGGCUGAGUAACCUGGGCCAGUUCAGCCUGGGGAGAAGACAACUGAGAGAGGAUCUGAUUCAUGUUUAUAUCUUUCUAAAGGGAGGUGGGAGACAAAUACAUGAGGCCAGGCUCUUCUCAGGCACUGCAGACAGGGUACUUAAUAUGAUUUAGGCUCUUUCCAUGUAUGCUGGGUGAAAUCACUGUAUGAAAUCCAUGCCUGCUGGAUUUAUGACUCACAAAUUAAAUGCAGAUGCAAUAUUCAGAGUAAGAAUCUGGAUGACUCUGGAUGAGAGGAAGAAAAUGUGUCGGAAAAUGUUUUAGAUGAGUGGUUGUGGCCCAUAAGUUAUCUACAGUAAAUGUCCUAUUCCUUGUUAUGGGCCUGUAUGUGAGUUACGAUACAUCCACAUCAAGAAAAACAAACAAAAAUAAACCUUUCACCCAUCAUUAAAACGAGUAUGGAAACUCAAAAAACAAUUGUCAUUUGAUUUUUGGUCUACAAAAAUCUGUGGAGCCAUUCCCCCCUUGGACUACAGAAUGCAGGGAUCCCCAAAGGCCAUUCCCAAGCAGGGUCCCUGGCCAGGCACCACCACCUCACAUUGCUCAUUGCUGCUCUUCCUGGUUCAGGUUAUUUCCUGAAAUCACUGGAAACAGAACAUAAUUUUCCAAGAAGCUAAUUAGCUAAUUACGCUGCUAUGUUCCAGUCUCCAGCUCCAUUUCCAU